AUGUCUGAUGUCAAAGUAAAGAAGGACAUUGAAGUGCUUAAAUAUAAAAGGGACAAUAUUGUCCAAAAGAUUGAAUACCUUUAUUCUAAAGCUAAUGCUCUUACAAUCAAUGCAGAACCAGAUGACAUGUCAGAAUUUAAAGUUCGCUGUGAAAGGCUACAGGCUCAUCAUGACAGCUUCGAACGUUACCAAACCGACAUAGCUAAAUCUUAUGUCCAACUGAAAGAAACUAGUGAAAACAAUCCUUCAGCUGCAAAGCCUAACAACACUCCAUCAUCUGAUCGUAAUGAAGAUAUUAAGGAAAUGUCAUCUCUGCCACAGCCUACUUCCGCGCUAACAUGUACUAGGCCUAAUAUCGCUUCUAAUUCCAAAAAGGAUUGCUUUGAAUCUACAACAGUUCUUUUAGGUACUGCAGUUAUUCGCCUUCAGGAUUCCACAGGCAAUUUUCAAUCGGCCAGAGCUCUUGUUGACGCAGGAAGCCAAAGUUCAUUCAUCACUGAGGCAUGUGCACAGCGACUUGGACUGCCGCGACGCCGGCACAUUCAACCUAUUUUAGGCCUAUCUGAAACUUCAGUAUUGAGUAACAAAGGCAUAGUUUUAUGUGUUCUGAAGCCUUCACACCAAGACACCCCCAUUCUUGAAGCUAAUGCUAUAGUAUUAAAUCGUAUUACUUCUCAACUUCCUUCAACCACACUUCAUGAGAAAGUAAGAUUGUUUUACCAGGGCUGGGACUUGGCAGAUCCUGAAUUUUAUCUACCAAGCAAGAUUGACUUCCUUAUAGGUGCAGAUCUAUUCCCACAACUCUUUGAUGGUGGGCGGCUUGAUUCUCCUCACGGAAUCCCAACAGCAUUCCAUACCAUUUUCGGAUGGUUACUUAUUGGAGAAACUUCUGUCCCAGUUUCCCAGUUUCAAACUGUCUCUGCUAACUUAGCACUCUUAGAUCAUGAAUCACUGGAAUUCAAUUUAAAAAGGUUCUGGGAAGUAGAAGAACCCCCAAUGACUAAGUGUCUGGUUAGUCCUGAGGAUGAUCAUUGUGAAUCUAUAUUUACUUCAACAACUGAACGAGACUCAUCUGGUCGUUUCAUUGUCAAUCUGCCAUUCAAAAAUGAUUCACCAGACUUUGGCAACUCUUAUAACCGAGCAAAAAACUGCUUGUUGUCCUUAGAAGGGAAAUUCAAGCGAAACCCUGAAUUUCAGUCAGCCUAUUCUGCAUUUAUAACAGAGUAUGAAACUCUAGGCCAUAUGACUAAAGUUACAAAUCCUAUGAAAGAGGCCUACUACAUCCCGCACCAUGGCAUCUUCAAGAAAAAUGCAUCUGCCUCUAAGUUGCGUGUUGUAUUUAACGCAUCAGCUCCGACUACAUCGGGCAAAUCACUAAAUGAUGAAUUACUAAUAGGCCCCAAGCUACAAACUGAUAUUUGUAAAAUCUUGUCUUUAUUCCGUCUUCAUUCUUAUGUCUUCACUACAGACAUCGAAAAAAUGUAUCGUCAAAUCCUUGUAAAUCCAGAGCACAGAACCUAUCAAGCAAUCUUAUGGCGAGAUAAUCCUGAAAACGAAAUCUCGACCUAUCUUCUCAACACUGUAAGUUAUGGAGUCUGUAGUAGUCCUUUUUUAGCGCUACGCACGCUACGUCAGCUUGCCUCUGAACGUUCUGAACAAUACCCAUUGGCAAGUGAUGUCGUCCUGAACUCCACGUUCGUAGAUGAUAUUCUCACUGGAGGGGAUUCCCUAGAGAAAACAAAAAAGGUUAAAACUGAACUUAUUAGCCUUUUAGAAUCAGGCGGGUUCCAAUUGCGGAAAUGGUCCAGUAACUCUCAGGAACUUUUGCAGGAUGUUCCAUCCCAUCACCAGGAACUGAUUUUUCGUGAUGACAAGUUGGAAAACCCCUCUAUAAAGGUGUUAGGCCUAAAAUGGAAUCCUAUUUCUGAUGUGUUUUCCUACGAGGUACAUGUAGAACAGUUACCCACAACAAAGCGAAGUCUGCUAUCUCAAGUAUCAAAAGUUUAUGAUCCUCUUGGUCUAAUCACUCCUGUGGUAUUAUGGGCUAAAUGUUUAAUUCAGAAGAUUUGGACAUUAGGCCUAGAUUGGGACCAGACCCUUCCAACUGAUAUUAUUAAUCAAUCUGUCAAGUACUUUGAAAACCUCCCACAGCUCAGCCGACUCAAUAUUCCCCGACCAGUUCUGUCGCCAGGAAAUAACGAAGCUCAACUCCACGGAUUCUGUGAUGCCUCAGAAGUAGGCUACGGCUGUGCCGUCUACCUUCGCAUCGUUGACAAUAAUGGCCUAGUUCAUUCAAACUUGAUAAUGGCUAAAUCUAAGGUUGCGCCUUUAAAGAAAUUAUCAAUUCCCCGCUUAGAACUGUGCGGUGCAGCUUUAUUAAUCAAAACUAUGAUCUACUGUCACGACAUAUUCAACUCUAAACUUGGAAUAAUUCCUGCGUUUGCCUGGACUGAUUCAGUUGUAGUUCUUCAUUGGAUUCGCUCUCCUCCACAUCAGUUAAAGACAUUUGUAGCUAAUCGUGUAGCAGAAAUUCAGUCUCUCAUCGUACCUGCGAAGUGGCGACAUACUCCAACAUCUUCAAAUCCUGCGGACUACGCUUCAAGAGGACUGCUUCCUAAUGAGAUUUUGGACACUUCCUUAUGGUGGCAAGGACCGGACUGGCUACAAGAAGACCAAUCUUCAUGGCCUACUCAACCGUUACCUGCAUUAUCUUCAGAAGAGUCUUUACUCGAGUUUCGACCUAAUACGUCAUCUGUAUUAGUCGCUGCUAAACAACCUACAAAUCAUAUUAUUGAAUUGAUUGAAAAUAGCUCUGAUUUUAGAAAGCUACAGUCAUGCUUUGGAUGGGUUUUACGAUUUAUAAAUAAUUGUCAGAAGAGUAAAGAAAAAACUUUCCUAACCUAUCUUUCAGCGGCAGAACGCACAGCCUCUCUUAAUUCACUAGUGAAAACCACGCAGUCUCAUCACUUUCAAGAUCAAAUCAAGAAGAUUUAUUCACAACAAACUAUUCCUAUGUUUCAGCGGCUAGAUCCAUUUCUUGAUUCUAAUGGAAUUCUAAAAGUAGGUGGUCGUUUGAAGAAUGCUCAGCUAGGCUAUGAUGCCAAACAUCCCAUGCUGCUUCCGAAAAACUCACCUUUGACGCAUCUCCUCAUUGAUUACUUUCAUGUAAAGUAUCUGCAUAUUGGUCCAAGGACUCUCCAGUCACUUCUCUCCAGACAGUUUUGGAUAAUUUCUGCCCGACAUGUAAUCAGGCAUCGCAUAUCUAAGUGCCUUGUUUGUACUAAGUUUAAGGCUAAUUCACCUCAUCCGUACAUGGGCAAUUUGCCGGAAUCACGACUCAAACCAAUACGGAAUUUUCUUAAUGUAGGCGUGGACUUUGGUGGGCCAUUCAUGACAAAAACGGAUAGGCUACGCAAACCUCAAAUAUUAAAGAGUUACGUCUGUUUGUUUGUCUGCUUCAGCACGAAAGCUAUUCACCUUGAGCUGGUAUCAUCACUCUCCACUGAAGCCUUUUUGGCAUGUCUAGAUAGAUUUGUGUCACGUAGAGGUCUCUGUGCGAACAUCUACUCGGACCAAGGAACAAACUUCGUUGGAGCCGACAGGGAACUUCAAGAUCUUUGUAACUUACUCUACAAGCCUCCCUCAUCUGACGUGAUUCAGUCAAAGGUUGCUAACCUUGGCAUUAGUUGGCACUUUAAUCCACCCGCAGCCCCUCACUUUGGUGGCUUAUGGGAAAGCGGAAUCAAAUCCACCAAGCACCAUCUUAAGAGGGUUAUUGGAAAUCAAAUUUAUACUUUCGAAGAGUUUUCAACACUUCUAACCACAAUCGAAGCGAUUCUUAACUCAAGGCCACUAUGCAGUCUCUCACCAGAUCCAAAUGAAUUUCAAAUCCUCACUCCAGGCCACUUUCUUAUAGGCGAGCCGCUAGUUGCUCUACCACAGGCAGACUUCUCCACCACUCCUUCUAAUCGGCUAUCCAGAUGGCAAUUGAUCCAACAAGCCCAAAAAUCAUUUUGGAAUACCUGGAGUCGAGAAUACUUGCACCAACUUCAGCAGAGGUACAAGUGGAAUCUAAAACAACCUAACCUGAAGAUUGACGAUCUCGUCUUAAUUAAAGACAAAAAUUUACCUCCUUUGAAAUGGACCGCUGCUCGAGUCAUUGCAACGCAUCCUGGUAAAGACGGCAUCGUCCGGGUCGUCUCCCUCAAAACUCCAACCGGACAGCUUCAGAGGCCAGUGGUUCAACUGUGUCCUCUACCGCUAGAAUAA